ACGCUGUGUUGCAGCGAAUGGAGCCGAAGAAGAAGAGUCGGACCGGAACUUAAACAGAAGGGGGAGCAACGCGCGGCGGCGGAGGACUUUUAAAUCUGUGGAAACUGAACAAAAGCAAGAAGGAGAACAAACAGCUGAAGGUCAUGUGACCACGAGGCAGGAGUCAAAGGCCUCCUCCGGUACGUCUCUGAGCAGAUGAACAGAGCUUCAUGAAGAGCCUCUGACAUUCUACUGAAAGAUGUCUGUAAACGUUAUUGAUCAGUUAUCAGGGAUCAGCUCUGACUCAGCAGGUGAUCGUAAUCCAAACAUUACCUGAUCCCAACCAGGUGUUCCGAUCAGUUACCAUGGUGACGCAGCCAGCUGCUGGCCCUACCCACGUCAGGCUGACCAAAGUGAGUGACAGAGAAUAACAGCCAAUGGGAGUACCUCAUUCUGCAAGGGGGCGGGGUUACCUGUGUUCUGAUUGGCCCGUGAAGCUCAGGGGGGCUGUCCUGUUGGCGGCUGUUAGAAGUGUUUACAGGCUCAUGGACACACUCACCUUACCACUAGUCACAGCAUGGAGCACUGUGAUUGGACAGGGAGGUCACUGACUGCAUGUCCUCCAGAUCUCCAGUCAAGAUGUCCGACUCCUCUGAUGAAGAUGACCAGAGGAAGGCGGAGCCUACCAGCAGGAUGUGGGCAGAGCCUCAGCCUGGCCCAUCCAGGUGUCAGCCCAGCAGACAGGGUUACUGUGGUUACUGCAGAGUCCUGUACAGGAACCUGGACCAGCACCUGUCCAGUCUCAGACACCUGGAUUCAGUCCAGGCGUCCUCCAGAGGCUCAGGGUCCGCCUCCUCAGCGAGCGGCAGAAACAGACUGACGCUGCUGGAGCGCUUCCUCCAGGAUGUUCUGCAGCACCACCCACAUCGCUACGACGACCCCAGGCCGUCUCACACUGACCUCCCAUCAGUCUCCAUCCCCCCAUCGCCGAAGGCCGAGCUCGAUGAAGUCCGUUUGUCCGAUGACAGCCGGUCUAAAGGUACCCGGGAACGCCUGCCCAGCUCUGAUGACACUUCCUGUCAGCCAGCCCGUCCAAUGGAAGAAGAUGGUGCCCGCAGCCAAUCAGGCAACAGAGUGGCCCAGGAGAGGCUGUCUGUACCUAUAAGAGAGCAGGACGAAGGGAUUAUUGACCACACCCACUCUCUUUACCGCAGAGCGCCGGCCUCUCAGUUGGAGGCUCCGCCCCCUGUCCAUAGGAAAGCCCAUAGGAAGACGAACAGGAGGAAAACCAGUGAGUCCUCGUCCUCCUCGCAGCGCCCUGGAGGUCCAGGCCAUGGCCCCCAACCCCACCUGACCCCCACAGACCACAGGCCUGGUCCAGGUGAGAGGUCCUGGCUCACCUGGCAGAGGGAGAGGAGGAAGGCCCACAGAGAGGAUGCGUUCUCCUCAGACCACACGGACCCUCUGGACCAGACAAUCGAGGAGGUGAUUCAAAGGUGCUGUUAUGGUGCCAUUUCCUGCCAAGAUGAUACAGACAGCUUCCAGCUAAGCCUCCCUGUUUCCAUGGAAACACAGAGUGAAGACUGGGACUCGCCUGUGCAGGUGGUUUUGCAACGAGCGCGAACUCUCAGUGACACACCUGCGCAGGUGAGUCAGGCGGAGGGGCGGGACCUCUGCCAUCUGAUGGACGCGCAGGUGGACGUAGAAGAUAGAGUGUACUCACAGCAGCUGGACUCUGCCCUCCAUGGGCUGGGCGACAGGAAGGAGGAGGGGUUCUGGACCUUACCCAUCGAGGAGGUGAGACCCGCCCCGGAGCGUAUCCCAGAAUCCUUUAGGGGGAAGACCUGGACCCAGAUCCAGCAGGAGGACGAGGAGAAGGUGGAGAGGCUGGUGAGACAGUUCAGGGGCGGGCGCUUCAUCUGCUACUUCGACACCGAGUCCCUCGCCAGGUAUGGUAGGCGGAGCCAGAAAAUGAAGGGGGAUGCUGAUCCUGAGGAGGUGGAGCCAGAUGCAGGUAUGCUGCCCCUGCUGGACCCAGACGAGGGUGACUAUGUGUAUAUGAGGAGAAGGAGGGGAAGGAGGCGGAGCUUCAGACUGGCAUCCAGGUGUCAGGUGGUGAAGGUCAGUCACAGCACUCAGACCGUCCGAUUGGUCGUUCCCGCCGUGCAUCAGCUAUCCCCCGAGGCCCCACCCAUCGACUACCCACAAGUCAAUCCAGAGGCAGCUGAGAGGACACCUGAUGUGCCGACGUGGCAUUCUCUCCCUUCGUCGUACUCCAGCAUCAUCACACCUGUACAACCACGCACGUCCCUGGUCUACCUACUCUCUUCCCCAUCAGCCUCUGCCCCCACCAGCGUGUCUGCGUCAGGCUCCACCCACAAACGCUGCAGAAAGAAACGGCGCCCACUGGAGCAGCAGAGGUUAAAGGUCAAAUACAAACGACUUCCUGUCAGGUUCUACGACCCCGCCUCCAACCGUAUCCUCAAGAACCCACCCAGAGGCCUCCUGUGGUGCAGAGGCUCCGCCCCCUCUGGGCCGCCGCCGCCCUGUGUUCGUCAGCUGUUCAGGAGUCUGAGCCCGGACCUGAACACCGAUAGAACGCCCACAGAGGUCAAAGGUCACAGCAGCAGCCUUUUACUAAGCACGUUGAGCAGGGACUCUGCUCAGUCCGAAACAUCUCAGGCUCCGCCCCUCGAAAGGCUGUCAGAGAGCAGAAGAGGGGCUAGGAGGGAGAGGGCACUCCCCCCACCCUCCCAGAUACAAACCAGUGGUCAGGCCACACCCCUUCACCCAAGGAGGGAGGGGCUGCGCCGGGCUGGACCUGGCAGGAAACCCCCGAACUCUGCAAGCUCCGCCCCAUUGCUGUCAUUACGCCGGAGGAGGGGCCGCAGGUCGCGGCGAUAGCUGCGAUUUUCAAAAUAAAAGUCUUAUUUUUCAUGAAACCUGAGCGUGCUGGUUAUUGAUGGGUUAUUGAUCAGUUAUUCUUGGAUAAUGUAGCCUUUAAUUAGGCUGUUAGAAGUGUAUGGAAGCCUGCUGGUGCCAAUUUUAAAAUGAAAACUAAAUCCAUUUAUCAUUUUUACUGUGUUUGUACUACAACUUGCCUGUCACUCACCUGUCCAGGUGUGUUUUAAAUGCCGGGUUUCUUUUGGCCAUAAUGAUGUUUUCAAAUCUGAUUGUUUUAAAAUGUUAAUUUUUAAAGUUAAAAAUCUAAAUAUGAAGUUUAUUCUGUCCAUUUUGAAGAGCUUUUAUUUUUUUAAUUUCAUUAUUUUAAAGUUUUAUUUGGGAAACAUUUGAGUAAAAAUGAUGAAUGGAUUUUAUUUAUUGUGUGUAAACAAAAUUCAGAUGAAAUGUUCAAAAAUAUGACAAAAGAAAUUAGAUGUUUUAUUUAAAUUCAUGUUUGUAAAACAUCACAUGAAACAUGAUGACUUGAUGAUGAUCCUGGCAGCUUUACGUCUCCAUAGAAACACGUUAUGUUUUGGUACCUUUUCUACAGGUGAACUUUGAUACUUUUUGUAUGUGUGCAUUUAUUUAAUGUUUAAAUAAAGUUUUCUAAGCUGGACGAA